AUGACAGGACGUAGCAAUGAACCCAGUGAAAUCAUAAGAAAUAGACAAAUCAACGUCUGCUGCGUCCAAGAAACUAAGUGGCGGGGCUUUAAAUCGAGGAACAUUGGAAACGACUACCAACUUUUAUACCACGGGACUACAAAUAAACGAAAUGGAGUAGGCAUCAUCCUAGACAAAAACCUUAAGCAACGUAUCAUCAACGUAGAAAGGAAAAGCGACAGGCUUAUAGCUGUAAAACUCGCUAUGGACAACCAUACGCCAUUUAAUAUAAUCUCUCCUUAUGCACCGCAAACGGGGUGUACAGAACAAGAAAAAUUGGAUUUCUGGGACGACUUUGAUCAAUCAGCAAGUUUAAUGUGGUCGGAUUUUGAAAAAUUCUGUAUAGAAAAGGCCAGAGAAAUACUCGGUGUCUCAAAAGGAGCACUGCGUAGCGCCAAAGAUCCUUCUUGGUGGAAUGACAACGUAAAGGAACUUAUAAAAUCAAAACGAAACGCCUUUAAAACUUGGCAAAAAUCAGAUCUCGAUGAAGACCGUGCUGUAUAUAGAGUACUUGAAGGUACUGUCAAGUCCGCAGUAGCACAAUCCCGAGCCGCAGCAAAUGAAGAUUUCUACAACAGAUUGAAAAAGGCAGAAAAUGAAAACACUAUAUACAAAACUGCCCAUCAGAGACAUAGACUGACAUUAGAUAUCAAAAACAACAAGUACAUAAGAAACACUCAAGGUAAGCUGCUAAAAGUGGACAAAGACAUCACGGAAAGAUGGAAAGAGUACUAUGAACAGCUUAUGAAUGAGGAAUUUCUCAGUGAGCCAAUACCCCAACUUCCACCCAUCGAAAGACCUCUAGAUGCUAUAAUCUUAGAAGAAACCAGAAAAGCAAUCGCUAAAAUGAAAUACCACAAGGCAGUUAGCUCCGACCAAAUCCCAGCCAGCCCAUCUGGAAAAAAUUAG